GUCUAAACCCGAGUGGACCUGCUAAAAUGUAUAAAAGCCCUCUUGGAUUUUCAGUGUUAUAUAUCGACGAAGUAGUCACACCUUUUUACUAUCCCUGAACAUGCAGCUCUCUGUGCUCUUUAGUGCGCUCAUAUCUUUCGUGAUCCUUGCUGCAGCGUCACCCACGCCAGAAGCCUUCUCGAAGCGUUCCUCCAAGCGAGAGAAACCUGGCAACAACUUUCAACGCGAUUCCCUGGAAGAAAGUAAGAAGCGCGAGGAGCUUGGGACCAACCUCAUAGAAUAUAUUAACUACUACGCUAGAGACGGUUCAAGCAGCAUUUCUGGAGCGAGCGAAAAGCGCGAGGGGCUUGGGACCAACCUCAUAGAAUAUAUUGACUACUACGCUAGAGACAGUUCAAGCAGCAUUUCUGGAGCAAGUGAGAAGCUCGAACUCGAGUUGGGGUCUUGA